AUUCUCUCAUAUUCAAUUAAAGUCUAAUGAUAUUAGCUAUGGAAAAUAUUGAGAAUACAUCAAUCUUGAAAAAGAUAAAACAAAGUUUAUUCAGUCAUCGUAGCACCAUACUUACUUCUAUGAAGCAAUCUUUUUCUUGCUUCUCUUAUACUCCACAAGCUUCCUCUUCUUCAGAUUAUAGCACACAAGGAAGUGUAAACAUUCUUGAAAAUAUUUAUGCCUUCUCAUAUAGUGAGUUGAAGGUUGCUACUAAUGGCUUUCAUUCAUCUAACAAAAUUGGAGAAGGUGGAUUUGGCUCUGUCUAUAAGGGAAGAAUAGGAGAAGGAAAAUUAGUAGCUGUGAAAGUGCUAUCAGCAGAAUCAAAACAAGGAGAUAAAGAAUUCAUGUCGGAGAUUGCAUCUCUGUCAAUUAUUAGGCAUCACAAUCUUGUUAAGCUGCAUGGUGCUUGCAUUGAUGGCCCUUCCAGAUUUCUUGUUUAUGAGUACAUGGAAAAUGGCAACCUAGCUCAAACUUUGCUAGGUGGGUACAAAAAUAGAGUAAAAUUCAGUUGGAAAGCAAGAAGAGAAAUUUCAUUAGGAAUUGGUGAAGGGCUAGCUUAUAUUCAUGAGGAAAUAACCCCUCAUAUUGUGCAUAGAGAUAUAAAGGCCAGCAAUAUACUUUUGGAUGAGCAUUUUAGUCCUAAAAUUUCAGAUUUUGGACUCUCUAAGCUAUUUUCACAUAACAUCACCCACAUUAGUACAAGAGUGGCAGGCACAUUAGGUUAUCUAGCUCCGGAAUAUGCAAUAAGCGGACACUUAACAAGAAAAUCAGACGUAUACAGUUUUGGAGUUCUUCUUCUUGAGAUUGUGAGCGGAAGAACGGCUGUUAGCUUCGAUUUAGAGCUUGGGGAACAUUACUUGGUCGAAAAGGCAUGGGAAAUGUACAAGGCAAAUGGGCUCAUACAAUUAGUGGAUCCUGUGCUCUAUGAAAAUCUUAUAGAUGAAGAAGAAGCAAUGCUAUUUCUAAAAGUUGGUUUACUUUGUGUUCAAGAGAAAUGUGGGCUGAGGCCAAAAUUGUCAAAUGCAAUUAAAAUGAUGAGAGGUGAAAUUGAGAUUAGCAAUUUGGAAAUUACACAGCCAGGGCUUCUUGAUGAUAUUAAAAAUGUGAAAAUUAAUGGAACUAGAGAAAUCAGAAAUAGCUCACAGAGUGUCACCACAAUUUCUAGCCCACAGUUUUCCCCUUUGUAAAUGCAUAAAAUUGAUUUUCAUUUUUGUAGUUGGAGUAGAAAGGCACUAAAACUAAAAUACAUCUUGCAUUAUAAAUUCAUAUAGCUCAUUCCUAUUAUCAAAUUAUUGCUUAAGGAUUUUCUUUUUCU